GCUAGGGGUCAGGAGGACUUAUGAGAGAGGGGGGUGACUCGUUAUCCAUCUUUGGAGGCCGGGCCUCACAGCAUGGCAAACAUCACAUCUGCCCAAUGGCAGGCCAUGCUGGAUGCAACAGAUGAAAACGAGAGACCGUUCUUCCAGAAGCUUUAUGAUGAUGCCGUGCAGAGGGAGAGGGAGGCAGAGGCAGCAGCUAGAGCCGCCAACAUUGCUGAUCAGAUGACCCUCCUUCGGAUCCCGGAAGCCAAUGCUGACCGGUUCCAGGAGGGACUAGCUGCUGCCGUAGCAGCCUUGGUUCGACUGCGGACCUUGGAAGACCUUGACUCCCGUGUGACAGCACUAAAGCAGCGGAACCAAGAGCUGCAGGUUGAAAUAAUCAGCCUCAAACAGUCCCAACUGUCUGCCCCCUGCCCUCCUAACCCUCGACCUGCUGCAGUCCCAGUCUCUCAAUCUAACACAGUCCUCGAGGCAAGAGCAAGUGGAACUGUGACGAGCGCAGAGACCGGUGCCAGCUCCUCGAGCGGCAGCGCCGGCAGCUCUGCACUAGUCAUAGUCCCAAAUGCAGGGACAUCAGCCCAAAACGCCGCAGUCCUCACUGGCGUUCAGUACAACGGUCCCGUAGUGGACAAGCGGGCGGCCACCUUGCCGUCCAAGUACAACGGGAAAGCGGAUAUCACCUCUUGGAUUAGUUCCAUGCGGUCAUACUUCGAGGUCAUGCGGACACCGCAAGAAGACCGAAGCAUGAUCAUGGCCACUAAUACUGAGCCCGCCGUACGGAAUCACAUUGAACUCCAAGUUGUUGCUGCAGGUUAUGAAAGAAUUGACUUGACUGAGUGGCUGAAGGUAACCCCUGUACGCGCCCUUGAGGACCUUCUCAUCACACGGUACCAAGAUAAGCAUGCUGCGCUCAAGGCUAGGCUGAAGCUUGAGGCCCUCAAGGGCCAAACAUGGAGGUCCUCCAUGCAGGCUUUGGAACAACACUUGACCGGUCUGUUCACUACUCCAGAUCUGGGAAUGACCGACGUGUCUUGUAUGGAUGUAGUCAUGGGAGUGGCCCCUAAAGAAUAUCUCUCCCUGCUAGGACUCAAAGACCAUACUACUUGGCGAGAGCUCAUGACGGAUCUAGUCAACCUAGAGGCCAAGGACCUCGCCAGGCGUAAGAAAGCGCCCGCUGCAGGUGGAAAACCACAACGCAAGCGGUAUGGAGGCAGCAACCAGCUUGCACUUCAUGAAUAUCGGGAGGUUGAAGAUCAGUCCUACGCGGAUGAUCUGUCUCUGGAUGAGCCGGACUUCGAUAUGGGCUGUACCACAUCAGCCAUUGAGUCUAACACUUCAGGGAAACAAGCAAAGGGCGUAGAGGAGUCAUCAGCACUCCCUACAACAAGGGAAGCUGGAACAUUAGUUGCAGGCCCCUCUAAUGAGCUUGAAUCUGAUCAACAACCUACUCUUGAAGCCCGUAACGACGCUGAUUCCGAGGCUGCUGCAGUUCAUGUGCUAUACACUGAGCCUUGGGAGGAGUAUAAGGAAGUUGACUUCCACGCUCACAUGGGACAUUGGCUGCAGCUCAAGCAGCAACGCCGUGUUCAAGGGAGUGUGGAGCUAACCUUCUUUAAACUGCUCAUUAACCGUCGAUACAUCUGCGUGUUGAUCGAUAGUGGUUCAACCUCUAAUUUCUUUUCUCCUAACGAGAUUCGUAAGGCGGGCCUGGGAAUAAAGCAAGUGGAACUGAAGAACCCUUGUCAGACCCAGGUGGGCAACCAAGAGGUUGUCACCUCUACACAUGCUGUCAAAGGUGUGCGCGUCACCUUUGACAAGGACCGCACUGUCACACAUGAGCUCAACUUCUAUGUCAUGGACAAGUGUCCGUUCGACGCAGUCAUUGGCUUGGGCUGGCUAAAGGCUCAUUGCUUAAGGACCACGUGGGCGGACAAUCAGUUCGUGGUGUGUGAUGCCAAGGGGAACGAGCGUACCGUCUUAUUGGAUGAGACGCGCGAGUCCCCUGUGACUCUUCUAAGUGCAAACAAAUUCUGCAAAUCAGUGCGCAGGCGCAAGGAGGUUGAGCAUGUACAUAUAGCCUUUGUAAAGCCUCUCCAUGUGCCUUCUACUUUUGCUGCAUUUUCUACCUCGCUCAACAGGUUUGUGGUUGUGUACCUUGAUGAUAUUACGAUUUUCAGCAAGUCCAUGGAAGAGCACCUCAAGCACCUUGAGGAGGUCUUGCAUGUCCUCAAGGAGGCACAACUGCACCUCAACUUAGAGAAAUCUGAGUUCGGAAGGCACAGCGUCAUCUAUCUUGGACACCGGUUGUCUGCAAACGACCUUGAGCCGGAGGCAACCAAGGUGGAGGUCAUACAAAAUUGGCCUCAACCAGCGAACGUACGCGGACUACGUUCUUUUCUUGGUUUGGCUUCAUACUACCGGAAGUUUGUGCCAAAAUUUUCUGUCAUUGCUCACCCACUCUCCAGAAUAACCAGUAAGAAUGUUGUCUAUGCGUGGUGUGAGAAGUGUGAGACUGCGUUCCAAGCCUUAAAAGAGGCAUUGGUGAGUCAUCUUGUGCUCCGCAUUGCGGAUCCCAACCUCACGUUCGUAGUCACUACGGACGCGAGCCAGUUUGGGAUUGGUGCAGUGCUGCAACAAGAUGAUGGUGAUGGCUUGCGUCCGCUCGAGUAUUACAGCAAACGCAUGCCCAACUACAAGGUAGCCACUUACACAUACAUGCGUGAGCUCUACGCCUUGCGCGAGGCGCUCACACAUUGGACGCACCACCUCUUGGGUCGGCACUUCAAGGUCUACUCAGAUCAUCAGACCUUGCAGUGGAUUAAGACACAAACUGAUCUCUCUCCUACGCUGACCCGUUGGUUGCAUGACAUUGAUGUGUACAAUUUUGAAUUGAAACAUAAGAAAGGCUGUUAUAAUCGCGUUGCUGAUUCUUUGUCACGUCACCCUGAGUUUUUGACUUCCCUUAUGGGUUCGUAUGACCUCCGAAGGAAAUUGAAGGAGGAUCUGAUCGAACACACCGCCAAGGAUCCGGACCUUAGUCCCAUCCUUGAGCAGCUCAAGGCUGACCCUAAUAGUCAGCCUGAUUUUCAUGAGUGCGAGGGUCUUGUAUUGUGCCGGUAUGGGAAGUUUGAUCGUUUGUGUGUACCCAACCAUGCGCCUCUCCGGACUCAUUUCUUGGAUUUGGCACAUGGUCGGAGUGGACACUUCGACUUUGAGAAGACUUAUGGAAGCCUUCUGCAGCAGUUUGAUUGGCCAGGAAUGAAAGGAUCCGCUCAUAAAUUUAUUGUUGAAUGUCAGAAGGAUGUGGUAGAUAUGAUCUGGGAGGUGGAUGAAGAUUGCGACAAGGCAGUCAAUUGGCACGAGUUUCAACAAAUGUACCAUCGAUGCCGCCAUGACAAGACAGAUGAGUCCCUGUCUGCACACCUUUCAGAAAUAUCAUCUGCCUCGUGACUUUGCAGCUAUUUGCAAUCAGACUCGACUUAUUCACACUUUUCAUGCACGUGAACAACAGCACAACAAACUGGCGCCAUGCGC